UCAAAAAAUCCCCUCCUUUUUAUAGUUUCUCUCUCCCAAUACCUAACCCUCUUUCUCUCUCUAUAUAUUUAGCCUCGCUUUGUUGGCGGCUGAAACUCUCUCUCUCUCUAAAAUCCGUUGUCUCCGCUCUCUCUUCUAGGGUUUCUUUCUCUCUCCUCCCAUAAACCCUUUCCAAAAUCUUCAGGGUUUCACUACUCCUCCUCCUUUUGAGAGAUCUAUCUUUUUCUUAUGGCUGCUGGUGCUCCUCCUGUUGAUCAAGCUGCAGGCUUGCUGCAGAAUUUGUCAUUGGAUUCUCAGAAUAGGAAUCUUGAAAUUACAGAGCCAAAAAAGAAGCCUUCUGUGGACUCAAAAGAUGUGGGAAAUGGUCAGAUCCAGUCCAUGAAUCGGUCUGUGACCCCUCUGUUGCCGGAAUUCAUAGAUCCGAAUUUUUGUUAUCUUCCUAAUGGUUAUCCCUCUACUGCAGCAUACUAUUAUGGAUAUGAUGCUUCUGGUAAUGAGUGGGAGGACUAUUCAAGAUAUUUGAAUCCGGAUGGAGUUGAGAUGCCUGGAGUUUAUGGGGAUAAUGGGUCGCUUAUCUAUCAUCAUGGCUAUGGUUAUGCACCCUACAGUCCAUAUUCACGUGCUACAUCCCCUGCCCCAACUUUGGGGCAUGAUGGCCAGCUCUAUGGAUCACAACAAUACCACUAUCCGUAUUUCCAGCCCCUCCCUCCAACCAGUAAUUCAUACACUACUCCAGUUGCCCUGCCAAAAGGUGAGAUCGCCACCUCUGCUGCUGCUGCUGACCAUGCAUCGUUGUCUGUUGAUUCUGCUAAUGGAAUUUCUAAUGGCAUUGCCAAUGGUGGUGUAAAGGGAAAUGCUGGGCCUACGCUUGUGAGGCCUGCAUUCCAGAACCCAUCCGUAAAUGCUAAUGGUUCUUAUGGGCGGGGUGCGUUGCCUGGAGGAGCUGCUUCAGGUUAUCACGACCCUAGAUUAGGUUUUGAUGGUGUGCGAUCUCCCAUUCCAUGGAUAGAUGGAUCAAUGUUCACUGACGGGCAAGGUAGGCUAGUGUCGAGCAAUUCUUUUACACCAUCUUUUUCAAAUGGCAGUGCCGUUCCAUCAUCAAAAAAUCAGAAUGUUCAUCCGCAUCUAAUGGGCUUCCACCACCCAAGGCCCUCUUCUGGCAUGAACACAACAAAUGGGU